CACCGAUGCUCGAGACGUUUCCCGUCGCUUCCACUUGAUGGAUCCUAUACCCGCUUAACAGUGAAAUCCCCCGAACGUUCAAAGAUGGACAAAAAUCUCGAAUCCUCGUCUAACUAACAACUUUCCAAGAACAAUUAAAAGACCGGGGCGGUGUUAAUCGAGCACGCUGCGAGAAAAUCUGGAAAGGACGCGCGAAUCGAUGGGAAAGAGGAGUCGGUGGCGUCGGAGGAGAAAGAAUUUAAAGGAUUUCAAAGAGGAAUUUAAGGUUCAAGACGAAAUGGAGAACAACGACAAACCACGAACCGUUGCCGAACGUGCGUCCAUGUCCAAGGAGGAACCGUCCUCUCCCGGCACAGCCGACAACAAUUACGGCUGCGAGCACUACAAGCGAAAGUCCAAGUUCGUGACACCCUGCUGCAACAAGGUGUACACGUGUCGUUACUGCCACGACGAACGGGAGACUCACACGGUGAACAGGAAAGAAGUCACGGAACUGAUAUGCGUUCUGUGCGACACCCGUCAGCCAGUGCAAGCCACUUGCCAGAACUGUCAUUGCCGAUUCGGCAAAUACACUUGUCUCGAAUGCAACCUCUUCGACGACGAGGACAAGAAUCAAUAUCAUUGCGACGGCUGCGGGAUAUGCAGGGUCGGCGGUCGCGACCGAUUCUUCCACUGUGCCAAGUGCAACAUGUGUUUGCCGGUUCAGUUACAAAAUAGACACACGUGCGUGGAAAAUGUUUCGCACGCAAAUUGCCCCGUCUGUCUGGAGGAUAUUCACACGAGUCGUAUACCCUGUCACAUUCCGAAAUGCGGUCAUUUGCUGCACCGCACCUGUUUCGAGGAUUUGUUACGUUCGGGACAUUAUGCUUGUCCCAUUUGCCAAACGUCACUGCUAGAUAUGACCGACUUAUGGAGAUAUUUAGACAUGGAAGUAUCGUUGACACCGAUGCCAGAAGAAUACAAGGAUUACAAGGUCCAUAUUCUGUGCAAAGACUGUCACGAGGAGUCGACGGUAACAUUCCAUGUCGUAGGAUUGAAAUGUUUAAAUUGCGGGAGUUACAAUACUUGCACAAUUAAAGGCUCUCCAUCUCCGGCAGAUCCAGACACGUUGGAUGAGACAGCUGGUGGCAGCACGGACACGGGGGACGAAGAGAAAUCGCAACGCCAGAGCUCUGAGUGUUAAAGUGAAGAGGAUGCGUAAUCGUUUCCGAGAAAUCGUCACCCUUUGGGAGGUGGAGGAUGUUUCUAAAAGAGACAGUAGGGCAAGACAUUUACCUCUUUACUUGUUUUUAGCGAAUUUACACGUUUCUGUUGAUUGUUUUCAAGUUUUUAUAGAAGCUAUUUUGUUAGGAGACGAAAAAUGUGAAAUGUUAAAGAGAUCAUUGAAUAUUUACAUUACGGACGUCAAACGUAAAGAAAACGACUAAUCAUGUAAAAUUAUCGCAAUGCGAGACUCGAAUCCUUAAGAAUGUUCAGAAAUUUCUUGUUCGCCAAGAAUUUCGCUUGAUAACAGUAUUUCGAAGUGAUAUCAAUAGGUUCAAGACGUUUCGUGACAGUGUCACUCACGCGUUUCCCAAAAUUCUUCUCGCGCUGUUUUCUUUUUUUUUUUCCUUUUUAUAUACACAAAUAAUAUAUAUACACAUAUACAUUUGUACAAACGUAGAUUUACACUUUACGAUGCGUGAUUUUUCUUUUCGAUGCAAUCUUUUCGUAAAUGCUAAAUGAACAACAAACGUGUACCGGUUUAGUACUAGUCAAAAAUCGAUCCCUUUUAGCUAUUGUUAUAAUCGACAGCUAAGAGUUCCUCUAUGAUAACUACCACCACGCAUAUAGAUCCCUGAGAUUUUAUAUUACGCAGCUACUACACCGUAGAAAUAGAAAACAAUGAGAUUAUUAUUAAUAAGACGCAUUCUAUUCGUUAAUGGAAUCUUAUUAUCAUGAGCGCAAUUUUCGAAAAGAUCGCCAUCUAGUCAAGGAUCAUUCUCGGGUCUGCUUGAUGUGUGACAUUUUUGCAUAUAUAUAUAUAUAUAUAAAAAUGCGCGGGGGAAUCUCAGAUAGUUUGGGUGACGUGAAAGCCGAUACAUAACUGACGUACCGACAAGAUUUUCAGAAUUUACGAAUACACCGAUUUUUGCCUGCGAGACAGAGGUGUGCGUAAUCAGACUACGCGACAUUCAUCUAUCGAAUUUUAUCGGGCAUUAUCACCUUGUUAUUACGAAAUAACAACAACAAAAAAAGCAUUCGUGAUUGUGCACUUUGUAAUGUUGUGCAUAUGUUUAGACCUCUUUAGUGCACGCAUUUAUAAAUACGCGUCUUCUUCGGACGAGAGGGGAGAGUUGAACAAAAUCCUUAAAAAACGAUGAUACAAACAUCCUGUAUCGCGUUGGUACCUCUUUUUCGAAGAAAAGCGCUGCAGAUUAAUUACACGCAUUUUUAACGCUCAUACCAGCGUUACACGCCGUAAACCAAAAUUUAUAAUCCGUUAGUUAUGUAAGAUGCAGCCAGUUUUGUAUGAUAAAUGUUUGCUAAUGAAGUUUCGUCUUGGAUCGUUGAUUAUUCUAAAGAAAAGGAUAUGCGUUAUAGGUUAACGAACUGAAAAUGUAGAAUUGGAUUAGAAUGCAAGGGAACGUGGAGCACGUUCUUAUUAGAGAAUUAAGAGAGUAGCUACACCCUGUUGUUUCACGUUAAGGUAGUAUAAUCGAAAGAUAAGGUCAGAUCAUAAAGUAUGCAGUCUAAUUGAUAGCUUCCUGACAAAUAUUGUAAAAAUUUCAUCGAGAAUUCUGCAUGACGUCGAAUAUGCUAGAAACGCGUGUAUGAGGGGAACCUUAGCGUAUCACGUUAAAUGCUCAUUGAUUUAUUCGUGAAACGUUAUUAUGAUCUUGUAGCCGUAAUUCGAACCCCGAUACACGAUAAAAUGCGCGUCAUCGGGCGAUAAAUUUCAACAGAAUACACAAUUAGAAAUAGAACAGCAAUGUUUGUAACUCAAGAAAGUUUGAAUCGGUCAAACGCAUUCCGACAUACCUCGAUUACCAUCGUGAAAUUUUAUAUGAUUUCUCCUUGGGCUUUAAAUCUACGAGGAACCAAGCUGGUAAUGACGGCAUUUACCUCUUAUCCAUUCCAUGGCAUUCCAAGAUUACACGAGACAGCAACGUAAUGUUUCAGGUGUAACCUGAAAAUGAAACUAUCGUCAUUAUCUAUUCGUGUAACGUUUUGGAACAUUUUAUUGCGUAUCGUUGACCUAAGAGUUUCGCAACGUUGCGGUAGAACACAGAUCUAAGACGCAAUUACAAUGUUUCUUUUUUAGUGUGAUUAUUCAUCACGUCUUUAUUAUUCAGUUGUAAAUUAAAUACCAGUUACAAAGGCUCUUUGUACAUAACGGCCGCAAUAAUGCUUUUGUUUUAUAUUAUAUAUAAUAUAUACCAUAAUAUAUAUGUAUCAAAUAAACCGGCUAUCAUUUCCUCUU